AUGUCUACCCUGCAGGGAACGAUCUCGAUUCGGAAACCAGCAAAACAUUUCAACGAAUUGGGAUACUUUCCGCUGCAGUCCGAGUACUGUCUGGUGUGGAUCUGCCUGGAUGUGCUGUUUUGCACCGCGAGCAUCAUGCAUCUGUGCACCAUUUCCGUGGAUCGGUACCUCUCGUUGCGCUACCCGAUGCGGUUCGGCCGGAACAAGACCCGGCGACGGGUGAUACUGAAAAUCAGCUUCGUGUGGCUGCUAUCGAUUGCGAUGAGUCUGCCAUUAAGCCUAAUGUACUCGCAGAAUCAUGCUUCGGUGCUGGUGGAAGGCACCUGCCAGAUCCCGGAUCCGGUGUACAAGCUCGUCGGGUCGAUUGUCUGCUUCUACAUCCCGCUGUGCGUGAUGCUGAUUACCUACACACUGACGGUUCGCUUGUUGGCUCAGCAAAGUCAGAACCUGUGUGGUGCUGCCGGGGCCGUAGCCAAUGCCACCGGUAGUUGGUCGAGCGGGUGGCUCGGCCAGGUCCCUGCCUUCGACCGGCGGAAUACCUGGAAGCGAAUUAUUAAACUAAGCCUCCCCUCAACGCCCAACCAUGCUCACUCAGCCGCGUCGACCGACACCGAGCUUUCGACGCUGGACAAUCACGAUCUCUGGUUGCUGGAGUCCAGCAUUCCGGAGCCCACGCCAUCAACCAUGACCGCGCUGCACCAGUUCGGGGAGGAAAUGCUUAAGCUCUCGCGUGGUCUCGAAACGGUCGCUGGCAACGGAAACGGGAACAACGGUGCCAGCAGCAAUAUCAAUAGCAGCACAUUGCGGCACGGCGAGCAAACCCGUGAGAGUGGCUGCCCCUCGCUGUUGCUGCCGUUCGCCGUUGUUGCCGCCAGCGAGAACCAAAACGGACCCGGAACCGAUGCUGAUGGGAAAAAGUUUCCUUUCAGGAAAAAGUCCGUUUGCAUGGCAGCAAAACCACCACCACCACUGAAGAAACGGCGCAGUUCAACAUCCGCGUGGAUCAACCGACGCAACUCGACAACGCCACCCUCGAUAGCGGUGCGCAAACGUUUCAAGAGUCUUCUCGCGUUGGUUCCACCGGAGGGCUUCGACGCCGACAUCACAGUCGACGAGUUCUUCCUCCAGGAGGCACUGAAACGUUGCAAAGAAGCCUCGCGCAGACACACCGACGAUGAGGUCACCCAGGCAAUGACGGAGAAUGACGACAGCAGUCGUAGCUAUAGCGAAAAUAGCGAAGGAACGUCGUUGAAUCCGCUCAAGCUGCCACCACCGUGCAAGUGUCCAUAUUUUGGCGAAAGUUGCAGCAAGCAGCAAUUCGAGGGAAUUAGACCUGCCGAGAUUAAGAUUGUCAAAACCACCUCCAAUUUUAGCUCAAUCUCGAACUUCGAUACCCAGAUCUACAGCAAUAUUUCAAUCUCCUCGCAGCCUACGAGAUCGACUUCGAGUAGUCUGUCAACUCUACCGGCAUCGUCCGUGGUGUCUCCAAACAAGAAGAGCAAUCACCUGAAAAGUGUGUCAGUGGUGACGUGGGACUCCCGUCGGCAUCAAAGACGAGGGUCCAGUUUCGGAGGAGCUCGUACAUCGCUGCUGUUGACUCCGACGAAGCCAAACGUCGCUAGCGCUUCUUUGCGUCGAUCAGCUACGCUAAGGCAUCAUAACGAAAGUACGCCGUCAAUCGUUGUUUCUGGAGCACCAAAGAAGAACAGUUCGUCACCGUGUCUAAUCCAGAGGCAAGCCACCAUUCGGUCCCAUCACUCGAGAAACUCUAGCGUCAUUUCACGGAACUCCUCGAGGCAUGGGCGCAUAAUUCUCUUGGAACAGAAAGCGACCAAGGUGCUGGGGGUGGUGUUCUUCACCUUUGUGAUACUGUGGGCUCCGUUCUUCGUGCUGAAUCUGCUGCCGAGCGUGUGCAAGGAGUGCGAGGACAGCAUCAACCACUGGGUGUUCGAAUUCGUUACCUGGCUCGGGUACGCCAGUAGCAUGGUCAACCCGAUUUUCUACACGAUUUUCAACAAGGCAUUCCGGGAUGCCUUCAAGAAGGUGCUGCUCUGCCGAUAUGGAACGAAACCAACGUGGCAACCCAGUAGCUAGCAGCACUGUGCGACUGUUACUCGUACGGUAGCCGUUUAGUGUAGCACAAGGCCAAAAUAUAGGAACGCUUCCCGUUUUACCGAAGUGGGGCUCAAUGUUGCACAACUAUUUUUCUAUCAACGUACCUUUGUAGCGAAUUUUACGAAACUUGUGAUGUCGUCGUGUGUUAGAGCGGAAAAUAAAUGUUUACACUGUUAGGGAAACCCA